UGGUACUCACUUUGGCUCCUCAGUUGGUUCUUGUGUUAUGUGUGGUGUUGUUGUUUAUUUUUGUUUUUUGUUUUUGGUAUUGUCUUCGUCUUCUUGUGGGUUAUUUAAGCUGCUCUUUGUGAGAUAGGUAGCCUCCAGAGACGACGAUCAUGACGAUCACAACAUUUUUUUGUUGUGUAUGGUUUCGAUCCGUGCAAAAUACAUCAAGAGUUAGUUGUUAGUUGAACGUUACCGUGAAGACGUCAUCAAAAGUUGAAUUUAAAGCGUUACGGCAAACUGCGGUGUGGCGUAAAUUAAAAAAAGAAACAAAUUUUCCUAAGAAAUAAAAAAAAAACCACAACAACAAGAAACGUGAAAAAGAAGAAAAUUAAUUUUUGUUUUGUGUGUUCAAAACCAACGACCAAAAAACAAAAAAAAAAACUUGUCGUUCGUAACGUGUAUUUGACAAGCCCAAACGUCCGUCGUCUUUCGUUGUUCAUAGUUAUAUAUUUUUUGAGGUCGUUUUCACGUUGUAUGUGUUUGUGAUUUAUUAUUGUUCUUGUUGUUACGGUUAUUAUUUAAUUGUGUUUAAUUUGUAAAAAUAAUAACAAUAAAAAAGAAUCUCACACUUUUGGGUGCUUAGAGGAGGAUAGGCCCAUAAUACCCCCCUCGCUCGCACCCUUUUCCCGUUCGUCACAACGAUUUGCAUAAACUCCGCGAAUGGAAUUUCAACAAAAAAUGUUUAAAAAAAUUUAACUAAAAAACAAAAGAGCAAAAAAAGCCAGCAAAACAAAACUUGUUCAAAAUGCUAACAACAAAAAUAUUACCCACCCGGGACAGUAGUGGUCUACACAAAACGGCGAAAAUGAACAGAAAAUCCACUCUCAAGACUGAGAGUGGCCAAUCCAUUUUAACCAAGGCCCUGCAACAACCUUUGAUCUUGGCUCCAACUACGGCCAACAGCACAGGCCGUUAUCGCCGUUGUCCCAAUUCCCCAACAUCGUCAUUGGCCACCUGUGACAGUGAUUUGGCCGAAAAUUUGGACUCACGUAAUUUUCCCGAUCACCUGGGCUGUGGUGAGGUUUUCACCUGGCAUUGUGAGGGUGAAUUCUAUGCCGUCGAAUGUCGCCUAUGUGAUGAUCAUCCUUUGUGUCCCCUCUCCGAGUUUCCCCUGCACAUGGAGGCGUGGCAUACCGAAUGGACGGGCAGGCUAACCAUUGAUGGCGAGGAGCUGGAAGCUGACAGCAAUGAUGGGGAUGAACAGGAGAAUACCUCUGGCCUGAGUGAGGAAAUUGGAGAGGAGGAGCAGGAGGAAGGGGACUACGAUGAAGAACACAAUGAUUUAUACCAUGUCCUGGCUUUGACAAAUCAAAACAAUGAAGACAGUGGUCUGUGUGAAUACGAUCAUGAUGAGCCGAAUGCACCAACCUUGGGCACAGCUUAUGAUGAGGAUGAACAUCAUCAACGGCUAUUGGAGCCGUUCGAACAGGUAUUGAUUGAACAAGAGGUGGCUGAGGAACAACAGCAACAACAACAACAGCAGCAACAUCAUCAGCAUCAGCAUCCGCCACAACAAGAAAUCGUGGAAGACCACAAUGAAGAAGAAAGUCAUGAAAGUCAAAUUAAUGAAAAUUCCGCCGUAGAGCAGAGGGGAGUGGCAAUCACACCAAGAGGUGGGGAAGAAGAUCAAUUAGUGGCCGAACUGGUGGUGACAGACGUUAAAACAAAUAAUACAACGGUUUUAACGGCAGCACCUCAGACUCAACAGCAGACCAACAGCUUCCAAAAUCGAAAAUCAAAACAAUACCCAACGGAGAGCGGCAGUUGUGCUGCUGCUGGUGGUGGUGAAACUCUCGAGAGAAAACCCGAUUUUUCUCCAUCCAUUGUGAAAGAAGAGUAUUCCUUAAGAGAAUAUAAUGUAGAGAGCGAAUUAAGAGAGUUUAUUUUGAAAAUAACGGGAGAGCCCCAAACCCCCACCACCAAUACCAACAACAGCAACAGCGAUGGGGAAAUCUUGCACGCAGCCUCACAAGUCAUGGCCCAAAAAGAGAAAGAUCCGCUAUCAAGUUCUUCUUCAUUUUGUUGUUGUUGGGACAAAAAUAAACAUGAUCAUCAACACGAACAACAACAACACCAACACCAUUGCCCGAAAGAAAGUUGUAUUGGAAAACCCGAAUUAAAGACAUUAACAGGUGAAAUUAAGAAAGAGCCAGAACAGGUCAAACAAGAUCUAAAACAAAAACAACAAAUUAAACGGGAAGAAGCAGAAGAAGAAGAUGAAGUCGAAGUUCCAAUACCGAUUAUUCUGGAAACUUGCAAAGAUUCCAUUUUAGAAGAGAAAGUAGAAGCCCCUACUCCUAUUUCCUCGCCGCCGUUGCCAACAAUUCCAGAAGAAACGAAUACGGCAGCACGUUGGGCGCCAUCCCGCAAACGAAAAUGCCGACGGAAUUCCCAAACCAUUGGCAAUGUUGCAAAACCAGCCCCCAGCAAAUAUCUUAGUUCUUAUCAGAAAUUUUUGGAAACAACAGCAACAACAGCGGAGGUGGAGCCGGAGAUUAACAGCUCCCCCGAACCGGAAAAUGAGCCCAAGCGCCGAAGGACCUAUUCCAGGGCCUGUAAAAAAUCAACACCAUCCGCCAAGAUCCAGAAAGCAACUGAAGAACUACAAAUUAACACCAACUUGGACCAAGGAGGCAAAGUCGAAGAAGAAGCAGCCGCAGCAGGUCCCCAAAUACCCUACAACUUCCUGACACCCAGCCAAAGUGAGAUCUCAUCGGCCAGCUCUCCCAACUCCGAAAAGUCACAGAAAAUACACGAAUUGGUAAAGCAGUGUGAGAGAAUUGCAAGGGAGCACAACUCGUCCUCCUCAUCUUCUGCUUCAUCUGCUUCCUCCACAAUAUCCAGCAUUUCGAAUAAGACACGAGAAUUGCGUCGGCAAACCAAUAACAGGCAUCGACGAUCUCUUACCCCGGUUGAGGUGUGUGACAUACAACCUACGGUACCGCUAAACGAUCACCUCCUGAAUAUCUAUGAUGAGUCGAACGGCGGUAACAUGUCACCCCAGUCUCUGUCGGAACAUUUGGAAUCGCUGGCCUGUAGCCUGCUGGAUUGUGAUGAAUUCCCCGACGAUGAUGAUCGUUCGGUGGCCUCAACCACAUUGACGGGCGAAAACCUCUUUGAAUCCUCACCACCCUCACCCGCCUCGCCCAGAACCGAAGAGGAACAUUUUGAGUUCCAUGAACCAAGGGAAAAGUUGAACAAGAUUCAUGUCAUGAAACUCAUUGAACUGUACAAGCAGCAAACCCGACUGUGGGAUCAAAGCCACACGGAGUUUUGUGAACCGCAUCUGUGUCGGCAGUCUUGGGAGUACAUAACCGAACGAUGGAAUGCCUUCUGUGAUCGUAAAUUCCACAUAACCGAGGUAAGGAUAAGGAUUUCCACUCUAUGUCAAAGGUAUCUGAAGGAACGUGAACGCAUCCAACGUAACGGCGAUCGGGAGGAGAACAUUAAAUUCCCCUACUACAAGGAAUUAUCCUUUUUGGAGCAACAUCGUUCGCUGCAAAAACGUCGUGAGGUCUAUGAACAGCAAAACGACAAGAUUUUGGAUAUCUAUCAGCGACAUCUGAUCCUGUGGCAUGUACGCUACUACAAGGUGCGUCAGGUCAAGGAACGCAACAAGGCAUUCCAAAGUAUCAGUGUGGAGUUGAAAAAUCACGGUAUCUAUCUCUCAUCGUCGGGCGUGCAGAAACGCAUACGGUCACUGCGUAAAUGUUAUCGUUUGGAGAAGAUUCGCUAUCUCCGGGCCCAGGUGGAGAAAACGGAAUUUGUGCCCACCUUUAAACACUAUGCCAAAAUGCAGUUCCUGGAGAAACACAUCGAACCGUUUGUGUGUCGACUGUGUGGCAAAAUUUUCGAAAGUCUACCACCCUUUAAGGACCAUGUGGAGACGUCAAGUCAUGGUAACAUUCUCGAAGAGGAAGAUGAUGAAGAAUUGGAAAUCUUGGCCACCACGAACUCUCUAGCCUCCACCACCAGCCCCGAUACCAUACUCUGUGGCAACAAUGGCCAAUUUGAGAUCAGCAUGCAGGCCGGAAAUCAAAAUUCUGUAAAUCUUUUCAUUAAACCUCUGCCGCCACAGGGGGUUAACACCAUUUCUGCUCACAACCAACACCCUACCACGCUUUGUGACUCCACCAUUUCGGGCUUGCCCACCGAUGAUCAGUUAAUGGAAGGCAUUAUUCAAACGGUAUCAAAUGACGAUGACUUUGUUCCUCAAACACUUGAUACGUAUGUCCAUUCAUAUGAAGAUCAGGGUGAUGUUACAGCGUUCCUGGAAUCGGCGGCGAAUAAUAUUGGCAAUGCGACGCAGAUAUUAACGGCAUCGGAUCAACAAUGCACGGAGGAUCCAGUUGCAGUGUUCAAUGAAAAUCUUCCAAAAAUUCUGGGCCGACGGCGUUCAACCAAACCAAAAUCCUCCGAUGUUGUGGACGAUGAGUGUCAUUCCGGCGAUGGUGAUGCCCAGUGUGCCCGUCUAUCGGACGAUGAAAUUCGCCUAAUGAUAUCCGUUUAUCGUCGUUACCGCCAACUAUGGGAUCCAAAUCAUUUGGAUUAUAAUACACGAAGUUUGCGGCGCCAGGCAUGGUUCUCGCUAACAUCGGAAUUUAAUAAAAUCUUACAUCGUAACUUUUCGUGGCGUUCGCUGUAUCGGAAGUUAAUCGAUUACGCUAAAUACUAUAAGAAAUUGGUGGCCGAACAAAGUCCGGGAGAUAUUAAAUGGGCGUUCUAUAAGGAUUUGACAUUUUUGGAUGAUGUGAUCGGUGUCAGCAAUGAAAUGGGCAAGUCCAUACACGACCGUAGCGUAACCCUAAAACUCAUUGAAAUCUACAAAGAUCUGCCGCAAUUGUGGAACACCCGAGAUCCGGAUUACAAUAAGAGGCCGGUGAAGCAACGUAACAUCAACAUUGUCUACAAUCGCCUGAUCGAGGGAACCAAUAAACAAAUCAGUCCGGAACGUAUUAAGAAUCGUAUCAUUGAGCUGAGGACGCAAUAUCGUGCCGACAAAAAGAAACGUAUCCGAUGCCUGAAUAACAAACAGAAAUUCUUUCCCGAUUUUGAAUAUUAUGAGGAAUUUAAUUUCAUUGAUGCCCACAUCGAUCCGUUUGAGUGUGAGUUCUGUGGCAUGGAUUUCAAAAAGCUCAAAGAUUUCAAUUGCCACCUGCGCAAGGAACAUGAACCGAAGCGAAGGAAAUUCCGUGGUAAAGGUGGCGAUGAGGCAUCGUCAUCGCAAAAUUUGGAUAAUGUUUGUCACAUAUGUGGGGCGAAAUUUAGUAAUCGUGGCAAUUUGGGUCAUCAUCUGAUACGUCACGAGGGUGUGCGUAAUUUCGCCUGUACCAUGUGUCCCAAGAAGUUCUUCAAUUCGCAUUCAUUGAAAAUUCACGUGCGAAGUCAUACCAAAGAAUGUCCAUAUGUUUGUGAGAAAUGUGGUCUGUCGUUUGUGAAUGCCAGUAAAUUGAAUCAACAUGUCCUCAGGCAUACGGGAAAGAAGGAUUUCAAGUGUGAUCACUGUCCCAAGGCAUUCUUUACGGCAUUUGAAAGGGAUCGCCAUACCCGAUGGCAUUUGAAUAUACGUGAUAAAAAUUGUCCGAUUUGUGGUAAAUCGUUUGUCAAGGGUUCGUCGUAUUAUGCCCAUCUGAUGUUGCACAGUGACACGAAACGUUUCAAGUGCGACAGCUGUGACAAACAAUUUUCCCAAUAUGCUGGACUGUACAAGCAUCGGAAGAGAUAUCACAGUCCGUAAGGGAAGGAGAUGUAAGGCUAAGAGAAAAAAUAAUUUAUACAAAAAACUGAAAUAUUGUAAAAUAUAAAAAAAAAACUUGCAAACCGAAAAUUUCCUAAACCAAGCCUUAGAACAAAAUCCCAGUAGAGAUUUUAUGGAAUAAAACAGAAUUGAAUUGUAUAAAAAUAAAAAAACUAUUUUUAAGAAAAAAAAAAAGAACAAAUUGUAUAUUUCCCCUCAAAACUCAAAAACCCAACAAAAUUCCUAUUUUUCUUGCUCUUAAGAAACAAAACUUAAAAUCCUUUGGAUAUUAAAACGAAGAAAGAAUAACAAAUUCAAUUGAGAAACAAAAAACAAAAACAAAAUUUAGACAACAAAUCAACAACAGUUCCUAUGAAAACAUACAUUUAUAUUUAUAUAUAUACAUAUACAUAACACAUUAUAUACAAACAAAUGCAACAACUAUGCAUAUAGUAUUUAAAAAAAAUAUAUAAAAAUACUUAAAAUUAUAAAUAUUUUUAGUAUAUAAAUUGUAUUUAUUUGUUUUAAUUUCAUAUGUUUUUUUUUCCUUAAUUUAAUUAGUAAUUGUUAUUUCUGUAAAACAGAUAUAAGACCAACAAGAACAACAACAACAACAAGUAACAUGGACAAAUUAUACCCCGCAUAGUAAUGUAGAUUAACCUUAUCGAGGAAA